GACGCCGCCGCCAUCAUGGCGCGGGAGCUGAGGGGGACGACGCUCGGCGCCCACCACCACGACGACCACGACGACGAGGAGGAGGAAGAGGAGGAAGAGAAGAGGCCCCGCCGCAGCCCCGUUGCAGGACCAGCCCUGCCUCCGGGUUACAGGAGCAGCAGCAGCAGCAGCUCGGAGUCUUCGGACGGUGAAGAAGACGACGAGGACAGCGCGUGUUCGCCGCCGCCCGGAGAAGCCGGCCGGGAUUCGGAAGAGGAGCGAGAUUCCGGCCCCGCUCCGAGAAAACGGAGGUGCUCGCAGGAGACGGAUGAGGAAGGCUUUUUCGGACCCGCGCUUCCUCCUGGAUUUAAGAAAGAGGACGAUUCUCCACAAAGGCCCAUUAUAGGUCCAGCAUUGCCACCUGGUUUUCAGAAAACUUCACAGAGUGGCGGGAGAAACCGAGAUGAUCGAGAAUCUCCAGUGCCUUCUGAUUCCAACUCCGAGGCAUCAGAGAGCAGUGAAGAUGAUGAGAUGAUCGUCGGACCCAUGCCUGCUAAAGGACCGGUCGAAUUCAGCAUCGCCAAAGAGUUUGAACGCAGGGCUCAGAGGAUGAAAGACAAACUGACCUCAGGAGAUGACGACGGAGCCAAGCCAGUCACCAGGGAGUCGUGGAUGACAGAGCUUCCUCCAGAACUGAAGGGCUUUGGCCUGGGCCCGAGGACUUUCAAAAGAAGAGCGGAGGACAAAUCGGGGGAUAGGUCGAUUUGGACCGACACGCCAGCUGACCGAGAGAGGAAAGCUAAAGAGACCCAAGAUGUCAAGAAGUCUGCUAGUAAGGACAGUGAAGAACGGGUAUUAACUGGAAGGGACAAGAGACUAGCUGAGCAAGUGUCUUCAUACAAUGAUUCGAAGAGAUCCGAAUCUCUUAUGGACAUCCAUCACAAAAAAUUAAAGAGCAAAGCAGCCGAAGAUAAAAACAAGUCUCAAGAGAGAAGACCGUUUGACCGAGAGCAGGAUCUCAAAGUCAACCGGUUCGAUGAAGCCCAGAAGAAAGCCCUGAUUAAGAAAUCCCGGGAGCUGAACAGCAGGUUUUCACAUGGCAAAGGAAAUAUGUUUUUAUGAGACGUGAAUGCUGGAAGUUCGAAGCCCAACGUCAGACUCUUUAAAUCUGUAAAUACCUCUUUCAAUUGUACGUAAAAUGUAUUUCUGAAUAUUUAAAGGGAUGACAUUGUCA